GUGUAAUAAAUAUGAUUCAAUGUCCAUGUAGUAAGUGUUGGAAUAGAGAAUGGCAUCAUCGAUGCAGAGUGCAAUCUUAUCUUAUUACGAACGGUUUCAUGGAUGGGUAUUUAAUUUGGAAAAGACACGGAGAAAUUAUUCAUAGAAAACGGCGUUGCACCCAAGUGGGUGAAUCAUCAAGUGUCGCUGCUACUGCUGCUAUGAAUAAUGUUCCAAGUGUCAAUCAACUCAGAGACAUGCUUCAUGAUGCUAUAGGACCAAAUUUUUUUAUUAAUGAAAAUAUUGCCACGAGAGUAGAAGAUGCAACACAAUUUGAUGCUAGCUUUGAUGAUCCAUAUGGUGUUAGUACAGAAUCGAUAUUUGAGGAGCCAAGAGGAGAUGCAAAAGAGUUCUUUGAUCUUUUGCGAGCAGCUGAUACACCUCUUUUUGAUGGGUGUGAUGAUGGUGUCACUGUCUUAAAGUGGGUGUGUGAGCUCAUGAGUGCAAAAACACUUUUUAACAUGAGUGUUACUAAUUGGGACUAUGUGGUAAAGCGUAGUCUAAUGACCUUCAAAAAAGUUGAUAGGGAGAAAUUGCCAACAGAUUAUUAUAGUGCCAAGAAAAUGUUGAGGCAUCUAGGUCUUGGAUAUAAAAAGUAUGAUGUCUGUGUGAACAAUUGCAUUUUGUAUUAUGGAGAAUAUGAAAGUCAGUGUUAUUUACAGUGCUCGGUAUUUGAAGAGCCACGAUUUAAGCAGCGUGAUGUGCAUUCUACUAAGCCUAUACCAAGAAAGUCUUUGUGGUAUCUUCCAAUUAUUCCUAGACUUCAUAGAUUGUAUAUAUCUAGGAAAACUACCGAGCAUAUGACCUGGCAUUUAAAUUGUUAUAAUGAAAAUAAGAAAAUAUUUCAUCCUGCAUGUGGAGAGGCGUGGAAGCAUUUUGAUAGCACUCACCCUGAGUUUGCUAGUGAACCGAGGAAUGUUAGGUUAGGUUUGUGCACUAAUGGGUUCACUCCUUUUGGACAUUUUGCAUCUCCAUACUCUUGUUGGCCAAUAUUUGUGUCAGUUUAUAACCUACCUCCAACAAUAUGCAUGAAGCAAGAAUAUGUAUUCCUUUCAUUGAUUAUCCAAGGUCCCCAAAGUCCUGAAAAGAAUAUUGAUGUAAUGCUUCGACCACUAAUUGAUGAUUUAAAGCAGCUUUGGUAUUCUGGAAUCCAAACUUAUGAUAGCUUUAGGCAUCAAUACUUUCUGACGAGGGCUGCACUAAUGUGGACCAUUAGUGACUUACCUGGGUAUGGAAUGUUGUCUAGGUGGAGCACACAUGGUAAAUUAACUUGUCCCUAUUGCAUGGAAAAUUCGAAGGCCUUUUGGUUGGAACACGGUCGGAAGACAUCAUUUUUUGAUUGUUAUCGACAGUUUUUGCCACCGAAUCAUCCAUUUAGAAGAAACAAGAAUGACUUCAUAAAGGGUCGUACAGAGAAUGGAACAAUGCUAGAGAGAUUGUCUGGUGAUGAGAUGCGUAGUCGCAUCCAUUGGCUGCCCGAUGUACUAUUUGGUAAGCCACCUCAGAAACAGGAAAUCCAUGGAUUUGGUGAAGUGCACAAUUGGGUUAAAAAGAGCAUAUUUUGGGAAUUAUCAUAUUGGCACACAAACUUGAUUCGACACAAUUUAAAUGUCAUGCACUGUGAGAAAAACUUUUUUGACAAUAUCCUUCAUACAGUAAUGGAUGACCCUAUGACAAAAGAUAACAUAAAUCAACAAGCAAACCCCGAGGGUCGUCCACCAACAUAUCCUGAGGUCUACACCAGUAGAAGGCAACACAAAGGAAAAGGAAAAGAUCAACUGCCUGUAUAUUAUAAUGAUGAGGCUCAAGAAAUUGGACUGAAUAUGCUACUAGACAAGAGGAAGAAGGAUUUGACCCUACAAUACCUCAUGCUGAGAUAUUACUUAAGGCAACUGGUGGGGUCAAGAAAGGAUAGUUGAAAGGUUUGGAUAUUCACACACAUCCACAGGAUAUAGGUGUGAGCACAUCUAGACGAGAACCAUUUAGGCCACCCAUUAUAGGACAGUCUAAUAGGGUUAUCGAAUUAGAGCAGACUGUUGAAUCAUUGAAGGCAAAUAAUCAUAGCCUUCGACA